GGAGGGGGUGGGUUCCUAUCAUGGCGUCAAUGCAGAAGCGGCUCCAGAAAGAAUUGUUGGCCUUGCAGAAUGAACCUCCUCCAGGAAUGACCUUAAAUGAAAAGAGCGUUCAGAAUUCCAUUACACAGUGGAUUGUAGAUAUGGAAGGCGCCCCAGGAACAUUAUAUGAAGGAGAAAAGUUCCAGCUUUUAUUUAAGUUCGGCAGUCGAUAUCCUUUUGAUUCUCCUCAGGUUAUGUUCACCGGUGAUAAUAUCCCUGUCCAUCCUCAUGUUUAUAGCAAUGGUCAUAUCUGUUUAUCUAUUUUAACGGAAGAUUGGUCACCUGCACUGUCUGUGCAAUCUGUUUGUCUUAGCAUAAUCAGCAUGUUGUCCAGCUGCAAGGAAAAGAGACGACCUCCAGAUAAUUCCUUUUAUGUAAGAACAUGCAACAAAAAUCCAAAGAAAACAAAAUGGUGGUAUCAUGAUGACACAUGUUGAUGCAAGUUGAAGCCCAUCUAGAAGAAGAUAUUCCUACUGAAUAAACAAGCACUUUGGUCAUUUACGUCUUUGAACUUUAACCUUUGACUAGAGGUGACUGUAUUAAAAGAAGACUACUUCCUUUUUACUGCAUUUUUACUAGUGUGCAUUGUGGCGCAUGUUGAUAGCUGUCUCAGCACAUGCAGCCGACAUGCUUUAUUAGUCAUACUGGAUUAAUGCAGAUGUCAGGACGAGAUUCCAUUUUACUUUUUCUUUACUCUUUCCAAGAUUUCCCAGGUCGUCAUGUAUUGUGCAAUAACAAUGAUAAAUGCAUGACAGGGCCUACUGGAUAAUAUCCACCAUAUGAAUUUGGAUAAUAAGGAACACUUCCACCGCUGCAAUGCCACCCAUGACAUCGGGAUACUAUGCACUGUGAUCCUGAACAUGGCGGCAUGGCUCAACAUGCGCGACCUGAAGGACUGCGGAACACAAACUGUAUUUAUUAACUGGUUUCCUUUGUCAGGUUCUUGGCGAAUGUCUUCUGAUGAGUGCAAGGGACAGGUACAAAAAAACUGAACACAAUGUGGUAACAUACAUAAGUUGUAUAUAGUCAAUAGAGUUUAGAGUAGAGUAUGUAUGCGUGACAUGCUAGAUUGUAGGUGCCUUUAUGUGUACCUGUCACCUAUACACAGUGGAGGCAGCCAUUUUGUGGACUCACAGCCAAGAUUCAGCUGAGCAAGUCAUUUAGAACUAGUGACAUUUCUGAGAAGUAAAACGCAAAGUGCUUCGUGCCUCCAUGAUGCCAUUAGUUCCUAUUAAACGAUUAGGCUGCAGUCUAAUGAAUACUGUGUAGCCCAUAGAGUGGCUGCCUCCAUUGCACAUUUAAGCAAUGGCUAUGCUUAAAUCAGGACUUUAUAUCAGGAAGGGCGGUCGUAUGAGUGUGUUUCAGUCAUUAGACCAAGGUUUCACGCAGCUUUUUAUUUCAUUUGAUGCUGUUAUGUUUUUCCCCUAGCUGUUGGCAUGAGCCCAGCUCAGUCUAAUGUAUUUGUUUGAAAACAUAUUUUGUCACUUUUUUCUUUUGUUUGUUUAUUUUGUUGUCUUGUUGUAAGUCUUGUUUAAUUAAUACAUAAGUUUAUUUAGACCAAGAAA